GAGAAGAAAAUUCACCCAACCAGCCAAUUGCCGCCCCUCGUACUCACGAGUCACGUCCUGCGCUCAUCAGUGUCAGUGACACCGACUGACGCUUCGCUUACUCUUUGUCGGAGCUGCUGUAGUUACUCGCUCUCGCUUCGACGGAGGGCGAACGGAGGGAGGCAAGAAGAAAGUCAUGGGGGAGGUGGAGAAAGGCAAUACAAGCAAGACGAGCAGCCGUCAACGUCGAGUUGGGCUUCUGUACGACGAGCGUAUGUGUAAACAUUCUACUCCGGACGGCGAGCACCAUCCUGAAAAUCCUGAUCGAAUUAGGGCUAUUUGGAGCAAGCUUCAAGCCAACGAUAUCCCGAGCAGAUGUGUUCUUCUAGACGCCAAAAAAGCACAAGACAAACAUCUACUGGCUGUUCACACUCAAAGACAUGUCGAUUUGAUCAAAAAUAUAAGCUGCAACUCGAGGAGGAACAGGGUUUCCGCCAAACUGAAUUCCAUAUACUUCAACGAGGGAUCAUCCGAAGCUGCUUACCUUGCUGCUGGGUCUGUUGUAGAGGUUGCAGAAAAAGUUGCCAAAGGGGAGUUGGAUUCUGCUGCUGCCAUUGUUAGACCUCCUGGUCAUCAUGCUGAACUUGAUGAAGCCAUGGGGUUUUGUUUGUUCAAUAAUGUUGCUAUUGCAGCCAGCUUUUUGUUAGAUGGAAGUCUAGAAUUGGGCAUAAAAAAGAUCUUGAUUGUGGACUGGGAUGUACAUCAUGGAAAUGGUACCCAGAAGAUGUUCUGGACUGAUCCCCGGGUACUGUUUUUCUCAGUCCAUAGGCACGAGUUUGGUUCAUUUUACCCAUUCAGUGAUGAUGGCUGCUACACCAAGGUGGGUGAGGGUGUGGGUGCAGGAUAUAAUAUAAAUGUCCCCUGGGAGAACGGACGAUGUGGAGAUGCGGACUAUUUUGCUGUUUGGGAUCAUGUUUUGAUCCCUGUUACGAAAGAAUUUGAUCCAGACAUAAUAAUAGUGUCAGCAGGAUUCGAUGCAGCUGCUGGAGAUCCGCUUGGUGGUUGCCGUGUCACACCAUAUGGAUAUUCAGUGAUGUUGGAAAAGCUGAUGGAUUUUGCUCAUGGAAAAGUUGUGUUAGCCUUUGAAGGAGGAUACAAUCUUGAUUCUAUUGCAAAUUCAUUUCUUGCUUGCAUGGAGAUGUUACUUGAACGUAAGCAUGCUGCAAGAUCGUUGGAGGCCUAUCCAUUUGAGUCUACAUGGCGUGUGAUACAGGAGGUUCGCAAAAAAUUGAGUGCUUAUUGGCCUGUUUUUGUCGAUGAAUUACCAACAAACUUAACAAAUCAAAAGGCUCCACCUCCGCAUCUUCUAGUCUCAAGCUCAGAUUCUGAAGGCGAGGAUGGGAAACCAUCCAACACUAUAUCUGACAAUGUUGAGGCUGCUCUUGAGGAAGUUGUGGGACCACUUUCAAAGUUGACAGUUGAAGAUCAUAGUGGUGGAUCUGCAUCUUUCACCUCCUGGAGGCCAGUGUUUUCCAGAACUGAUAUUUGGUAUGCUACUUUUGGAUCGAAUAUGUGGCAGCCUAGAUUCCGCUGUUACAUCGAAGGCGGUCAGGUGGAAGGCAUGCAGAAGGCGUGUACUGGUUCGGUGGACAAAAACCCAUCCAAGGGAAUCAUGUGGAAAACUUUCCCCCACAGGUUAUUCUUUGGUCACGAGUCUACUGAUACAUGGGGUCCGGGAGGGGUUGCUUUCCUCCAUCCAGAGAGCAGCAGUCAUGAAAAAGCACAUAUGUGCCUCUAUAGGAUCACGCUGGAGCAAUUUAACGAUGUCUUACUUCAGGAGAACGUCUCCUGCCAUGAUAUGAGCUCUCCUGUAUUCGAUUUGACCGAUUUGAAUUCUGCCGUUAACCAAGGAUCUGUUUCUCUGGAGGUUUUUAAGAGUGGUUGGUACCGUAAUGUGGUUUACAUGGGAAAGGAGCAGGAUCUUCCCAUUCUCACCAUGACGUGCUCGCUGUCUGAUGCUGAGAAGUUUAGGUGUGGGGAAUUCUCAUUGAGAGCUCCAUGCAAAGAGUAUGCCAACACCUUAGUGAGGGGGCUCGUUGAAGGAGGACAGUUGUCAGAAGAGGAAGCCAUUGCUUACAUUAAACAAGCUUCCUCUGGCGAGCCACUUUGAUCCCAAACAGCAUUUAUUAUUAUGUGUUAGCUCAGCUUAUCUACUUCCCCGGUUCCGCAUGUGUUCGUAUGAAGAGCUGAUUGGUCCGGGAAAGCUCUUCCAUUUAUUAUUACUAGAUGUGUUAUGAGCCGCGCUCCGCAGCGGCAUGGGACAGUUCUUGUAUGUUGCUUUUGAAAGCCUGUCAUUUGUCAAAGUCUUUUAAUUGAUCGUCUUUAUUUUACCGAUGAGCUAAAUAAAGGAUGCUAGUACAAAAGCCAACUUUUUAGGAUUUUGCACCUAUAGGUCUCUCUCAGGGGCGGACCCGGGACACCCUAACUUUUGAGAAAACGAUUAUCCAAUCCCCGGUGGUAAUUUAUGUAUGGACAAAAAAAAAAUAUAAUUGAUAGUGAGGGACACCCCUUAAAUUUGAAAAAAUGAUUAUCCUACUGUCAUUUGUGUAUAGGAAUAUAAGUGGUAAGUUGGA